UCUAUUGGACAGUGAGUUGAAGUUGCCUGACUGAGCCACUCCUUCUCUCUUUUCCCUGCCUGCUACCUGUUGCUGCUUCAACUUUUAACCCCCAACCGUCCUCCACCAAAGUUCCUGAAGCUGCAGCAACUGGCAAUUUGGGGCAUACCAUACAUGGACUACUAGAGAGUCUUCAACAGGACAGCAAGUAACGUAAGCCACCAAAACAUCUAAAAUGGGGAAGCAGAACAGCAAACUCCGCCCAGAGGUGAUGCAGGAUCUGCUGGAGAGCACAGACUUCACCGAAGCUGAGAUCCAGGAGUGGUAUAAGGGCUUCCUGAGAGACUGCCCCAGCGGGAACCUCUCCAUGGAGGAGUUUAAGAAGAUCUACGGUAACUUCUUCCCUUACGGAGACGCCUCCAAGUUCGCAGAGCACGUCUUCCGCACCUUCGACGCAAACGGGGACGGCACCAUAGACUUCCGGGAGUUCAUCAUCGCUCUGAGCGUCACGUCGCGCGGCCGCCUGGACCAAAAACUGAAGUGGGCCUUCAGCAUGUACGACCUGGACGGGAACGGAUACAUCAGCAAGGCAGAGAUGCUGGAGAUCGUACAGGCGAUCUACAAGAUGGUUUCCUCUGUCAUGAAAAUGCCGGAGGAUGAGUCGACACCUGAGAAACGCACAGACAAAAUCUUCAGGCAGAUGGACACAAAUCGUGAUGGUAAACUGUCUCUGGAGGAGUUUGUUGAGGGAGCAAAGAACGAUCCGUCUAUCGUGCGGCUGCUGCAGUGUGAUCCCAGCAGCGUAGGGCAGUAGAACAACGUACUGUCUGCAGGCAUCUAGUAUUAUUUAUUCAGGUCAAAGCAUUCUCCUUCAAUCACCCAGUAGUGACUAACUGUACAACAGAUCGACAUCGAGCAGAUCAAAAUGGACCCAAGCAGAGGAGCCACAUACUGGACCACCACAUACUAGACCACCACAUACUUGAGCAUCACAUACUGGACCAUCACAUAUUGGCCAUUACAUACUGCACCAUCACAUACUAGACCAUCACAUACUGGACAAUCACAUACUGCAGCAUCACAUAUUGCACCAUCACAUACUGGACCAUUAUACUAGACCAUCACAUACUAGACCAUCACAUACUAGACCACCACAUACUGCACCAUCACAUAUUGCACCAUCACAUACUGGACCAUUAUACUAGACCAUCACAUACUGGACAUGCACAUACUGGACCAUCACAUACUGCACCAUCACAUAUUGCACCAUCACAUACUGGACCAUUAUACUAGACCAUCACAUACUAGACCAUCACAUACUAGACCACCACAUACUGCACCAUCACAUACUGGACAUGCACAUACUGGACCAUCACAUACUGGACCAUCACAUACUAGACCAUCACAUACUGGACAAUCACAUACUGCACCAUCACAUAUUGCACCAUCACAUACUGGACCAUUAUACUAGACCAUCACAUACUAGACCAUCACAUACUAGACCAUCACAUACUAGACCACCACAUACUGCACCAUCACAUACUGGACAUGCACAUACUGGACCAUCACAUACUAGACCAUCACAUACUUGACCAUCACAUACUAGACCAUCACAUACUGGACCAUCACAUACUGGACUAUUAUACUGGACCAUCACAUACUGGACCAUCACAUACUGGACCAUCACAUACUGAACCAUCACAUACUAGACCAUCACAUACUGGACCAUCACAUACUGCGCCAUCACAUACUAGACCAUCACAUACUGGACCAUCACAUACUGGACCAUCACAUACUGGACUAUUAUACUGGACCAUCACAUACUGGACCAUCACAUACUAGACCAUCACAUACUUGGCCAACACAUACUAGACCAUCACAUACUGAACCAUCACAUACUGGACCAUCACAUACUGGACCAUUACAUACUGGACCAUUAUACUGGACCAUUAUACUGGACCAUCACAUACUGGACCAUCGCAAACUGCACCAUCACAUGCUGGGCCAUCACCUACUAGACCAUCACAUACUGGACCAUCACAUACUGGACCAUCACAUACUAGACCAUCACAUACUAGACCACCACAUACUGCACCAUCACAUACUGGACCAUCACAUACUGGACCAUCACAUACUAGACCAUCACAUACUGGACCAUCACAUACUAGACCAUCACAUACUUGACCAACACAUACUAGACCAUCACAUACUGAACCAUCACAUACUGGACCAUCACAUACUGGACCAUUACAUACUGGACCAUUAUACUGGACCAUUAUACUGGACCAUCACAUACUGGACCAUCGCAAACUGCACCAUCACAUGCUGGGCCAUCACCUACUAGACCAUCACAUACUGGACCAUCACAUACUGGACCAUCACAUACUAGACCAUCACAUACUAGACCACCACAUACUGCACCAUCACAUACUGGACCAUCACAUACUGGACCAUCACAUACUAGACAAUCACAUACUGGACCAUCACAUACUAGACCAUCACAUACUUGACCAACACAUACUAGACCAUCACAUACUGAACCAUCACAUACUGGACCAUCACAUACUGGACCAUUACAUACUGGACCAUUAUACUGGACCAUUAUACUGGACCAUCACAUACUGGACCAUCGCAAACUGCACCAUCACAUGCUGGGCCAUCACCUACUAGACCAUCACAUACUGGACCAUCACAUACUGGACCAUCACAUCCUAGACCAUCACAUACUAGACCACCACAUACUGCACCAUCACAUACUGGACCAUCACAUACUGCACCAUCACAUACUGGACCAUUGCAUACUGCACCAUCACAUACUGGACCAUCACAUACUGGACCAUCACAUACUGGACCAUUAUACUGGACCAUCACAUACUGGACCAUCACCUACUGGAACAUUAUAAUGGACCAUCACAUACUGCACCAUCACAUACUGGACCAUUAUACUGGACCAUCACAUACUGGACCAUCACUUACUGGAACAUUAUACUAGACCAUCACAUACUGGACCAUCACAUACUAGACCAUCACAUACUAGACCACCACAUACUGCACCAUCGCAUACUGGACCGGACCAUCACAUACUGGACCAUCACAUACUGGAUCAUCACAUACUGGACCAUCACAUACUCGACCAUCACAUACUAGACCACCACAUACUGCACCAUCGCAUACUGGACCGGACCAUCACAUAUUGCACCAUCACAUACUGGACCAUCACAUACUGCACCAUCACAUACUGGACCAUCACAUACUAGACCAUCACAUACUGGACCAUCACAUACUGCACCAUCACAUACUAGACCAUCACAUACUAGACCAACACAUACUGCACCAUCACAUACUGGACCGGACCAUCACACACUGGACCAUUAUACUGGACCAUCACAUACUGGACCAUCACAUACUAGACCAUCACAUACUGGGCCAUCACAUACUGCACCAUCACAUACUGGACCAUCACAUACUAGACCAUCACAUACUGGACCAUCACAUACUAGACCAUCACAUACUGGGCCAUCACAUACUGGACCAUCACAUACUGCACCAUCACAUACUGGACCAUCACAUACUAGACCAUCACAUACUGGGCCAUCAUAGACAUUCAUUGUAUUCUAAUGGUUACAGUUAGGAUCAAGGUUUACUAUUUUGAUCCAAGAUCAGUGGUGAAGUGCUGUUUCUACUUAAAGCCAAGAAACACAAUUCUGCCAUGAGCAACUGAACUGAAAGGAGGGAGAAAAGUAUUGGAGAAACAUGACACCAGAUGGAAGCUAUUGAUCUCCCCUACUGUAGAUGGAAGCUAUUGAUCUCCCCUACUGUAGAUGGAAGCUAUUGAUCUCCCCUACUGUAGAUGGAAGCUAUUGAUCUCCCCUACUGUAGAUGGAAGCUAUUGAUCUCCCCUACUGUAGAUGGAAGCUAUUGAUCUACCCUACUGUAGAUGGAAGCUAUUGAUCUCCCCUACUGUAGAUGGAAGCUAUUGAUCUCCCCUACUGUAGAUGGAAGCUAUUGAUCUCCCCUACUGUAGAUGGAAGCUAUUGAUCUCCCCUACUGUAGAUGGAAGCUAUUGAUCUCCCCUACUGUAGAUGGAAGCUAUUGAUCUACCCUACUGUAGAUGGAAGCUAUUGAUCUCCCCUACUGUAGAUGGAAGCUAUUGAUCUACCCUACUGUAGAUGGAAGCUAUUGAUCUCCCCUACUGUAGAUGGAAGCUAUUGAUCUACCCUACUGUAGAUGGAAGCUAUUGAUCUCCCCUACUGUAGAUGGAAGCUAUUGAUCUACCCUACUGUAGAUGGAAGCUAUUGAUCUCCCCUACUGUAGAUGGAAGCUAUUGAUCUCCCCUACUGUAGAUGGAAGCUAUUGAUCUCCCCUACUGUAGAUGGAAGCUAUUGAUCUCCCCUACUGUAGAUGGAAGCUAUUGAUCUCCCCUACUGUAGAUGGAAGAGAGAGUGUAUGAGCGAAAAGAGGUAGCUAGAAGAUUUAUUAUAAUAUUUGACAUUUUGCAGCAAUGAAACAUUUUCACUUUAAGAUUUUGAAUUUUAAUGUUUGGAAUAUUUUGACUGCAAACAUGAUAGAAUGAUGUGUACAAUAUAAUCAUAUUUAUUGUAGGAUCGUAUUGAAAACAGAGAGGACCACACAUGUUGCUAUGCAUUUAUCUGUCUACAUCCUCCUCUGCUUCAACAAGACUCACAGGGCAACAGCUCUCCUUUUUAGAGAAACACAAAUCUAUCAUCAUCAUCUAUCUCUAACACCAGUAGUGUUCACAGGUUUCAGAUUACACCACACACAGUGAAAUGUAUGCCACUGGCUGGGUCCCUGAAAUGCUUAAAUAUCCACACAGUGAAAUGUAUGCCACUGGUUGGGUCCCUGAAUUUCUUAAAUAUCCAUUGUAAGGACAAUACACAUGCAGACUUAUCCUAUCACACAUUCUGUGACACGGUGUAACAUAUCAAGGCAGGUAACCUAGGGGCGGCAGGUAGCCUAGGGGAGGCAGGCAGCCUAGGGGCGGCAGGUAGCCUAGGGGCGGCAGGUAGCCUAGGGGAGGCUGGUAGCCUAGGGGAGGCAGGUAGCCUAGGGGAGGCUGGUAGCCUAGGGGAGGCAGGUAGCCUAGGGGCGGCAGGUAACCUAGGGGCGGCAGGUAGCCUAGGUGAGGCAGGUAGCCUAGGGGAGGCAGGUAGCCUAGGGGCGGCAGGUAGCCUAGGGAAGGCAGGUAACCUAGGGGCGGCAGGUAGCCUAGGGGCGGCAGGUAGCCUAGGGGAGGCAGGUAACCUAGAGGCGGCAGGUAGCCUAGGGGCGGCAGGUAGCCUAGGGGAGGCUGGUAGCCUAGGGGAGGCAGGUAGCCUAGGGGAGGCAGGUAGCCUAGGGGAGGCAGGUAGCCUAGGGGAGGCAGGUAACCUAGGGGAGGCAGGUAGCCUAGGGGCGGCAGGUAGCCUAGGGGAGGCAGGUAGCCUAGGGGAGGCAGGUAGCCUAGGGGAGGCAGGUAGCCUAGGGGCGGCAGGGAGCCUAGGGGCGGCAGCUAGCCUAGGGGCGGCAGGUAGCCUAGGGGAGGCUGGUAGCCUAGGGGAGGCUGGUAGCCUAGGGGCGGCAGGUAGCCUAGGGGUGAGAGCGUUUGGCCAGAAACCAAAAUUUGUCAUUUGAGCAUUUCUCCUUUGCCAAGAUAAUCCACCCACCUGACAGGUGUGGCAUAUCAAGAAGCUGAUGAAACAGCAUGAACAUUACCCAGGUGCACCUUAUGCUAGGGACAAUAAAAGGCCACUCUAAAAUGUGAAGUUUUGUCACACAACACAAUGCCACAGAUGUCUUAAGUUGAGGAAGAGUGCAAUUCAAAUCAAAAUUUUAAUUCUCUGGCAACAGCUCUGGUGGACAUUCCUGCGGUCAGCAUGCCAAGCAUUUCGCUACACCCUCAACAACAUCUGCUAACCACGUGUAUGUAACCAAUAAUGUUAAUUUCUCUACCAUAAGCCACCUCUUAUGUCAUUUUAAAGAAUUCGGCACUAUGUCCAACCGGCCUCACAACUGCAGACCAUGUGUAUGGCGUCGUAUGGUCUGGCAUAAGCUACAGACAAUGAACACCAAAUACAUUUUAUCAACGGCAAUUUGAAUGCACAAAAAUACAGUGACGAGAUCCUGAGGACCAUUGUAGGGUACAAAUGUAUAUAUAUCCAUACCAUAAUAUUAUGUAGCGAUAUGAAUACAGUCCCU